AUGAACUCUUCUUAUCAAAUUCCUACCUCCACAUUCGCAUCUUCCUACUAUCAUUCUUUCAAAGAGGGUACCAAAGAAAUUAAGCCGGUAUCUCUACGUCGUUGCGAUGAUGACUUCCUUACUGUCAUUGGAUUGUAUGAUGGCUUUUGGAAAACAGUCCCAGAAAACCCAGAACACAACUUUGCACACUCACACGGUGGUACAGCCAAGAAGCUAUACGGUUCAGGUGGCUUUUCAAAUGCCAUUCAAAUCUCGGAUAAAGGAGUUGCAAAGAUUCCGCGGAUAUUUCCAGGGAGCGACCAAUUCGACGAAAAAAGAUUCUACCGUGAUCUUAUCACCGAAUUACGAAUUUGUCUCUGGGAACCCAUGCGAGAUCAUCCAAAUAUCAUAAAUCUAGAGGAUAUACAGUGGUUCCCAGGGCCGCAUCCAUCUAUAGAAAAUAACUGGAAUUAUAUGUGGCCCACCCCCGAGUUCGAAGCGGCGGAAGGACCUCUUUCAGGAUUAUUGCGUGGAAAUCCAGGAAUCCCGUUUGUGCAGAAGAUAGCUCUUUUAUUUGACAUAGCUAAAGCUCUUGAUUGCCUUCACCAGCACGGUGUAGUUCAUUCUGAUAUUAAGCCUGACAAUAUCUUUAUAUUUUCCGGUUCUCAGCGCAAGUACAUCGCAAAGGUCGCUGAUUUCGGCUGCUCAACGAUCCUCAAGCAGGAAGAAACUCAUGGGUAUCUGUCAGGAGGGACGAAGUCUUGGAGUGCUCCUGAGGCAGGUGAACGACUAACCCAGGAAGAACUGUGUAAAACUGAUCUUUUCUCUUUUGGCUUGGUGGUGUGGUAUAUCCUCACUGAUGGUCACGGGCCAUUCAAAUGGCUCGAAUCUUUGUGCAAUAACGCGUCUCUUACACAUGAGGAUAUUUCGAGUUUAAAGGAAGACGGCUGCUUCCUCCCACUUUCGCUGGAAUCCUUGUCAGAGCUGCCGCUAUCAGAGUUUGAGAUAUAUCUCGCCACCGAGGUCUUAACUGCUACUCUAUGUCCGAAAGAGACUAGAACCAUCUUGCGGAAAGCAACUAUCGACGACCGACUACGGGGACAGAUUUUCCACAGCAUCAAAAAUAUAUCUGCUUCCAACCAUAACGCAGUCGAUGAAUUUACUCCGGGAUCUCUUUCAUGGCAGCUUUUCCUAUGCUAUUAUCACGGUUUUGGGACGCCGAGGGAUUACAAUAAUGCCAUGUCUGCACUGAUUCAAGCUUGCGGAUCUGGCCACGUUGAGGCACGAGGCAUAGUGGUUCAGUUUCAUCAGGCUCAUGGCGCUGAGUGUCCUCUAGAUCUUCCGGUGGUUCUCUGGCUAGAGGAACACGUCCAAAAUAAUAACUUCGGGGCAUGCAAAGCAUUAAAGUCCUUAUAUCCCGAAUCUUAUGAACGGAUUAUCCGAAAAGCGCAGAACACGAUAAAAUCAUGUGAUGGUUGUAUAUUUCCAGGAGGAGAUCACAAUAUAUGCGACUAUGCUCAAUUUGCAGAAGGGGUACUUGCCUUCGUCCAAGCUAUCCUUACUGACUAUGAUCCUGACUCAGAGAGUCUGAUCAGAGAUGUGGAUCGGGACCUUGGAAUGAUCACUGGAAACCGGAUCAUCCACUUUGCAGCAGCGACUGGUAUGGAAGCACUUGUCAAAGGCCUUAUCGAUAACGGUCUUUGUGAAUGGCAAGUCAAAAACAAAACCGGACUGACACCUCUGUGUCUUGCCUUCCGGAACGGUCAUCGUAACACUGCUCUUCUAUUGUUGUCUCAAAUGCCUCCUUACUCCCAGGGGAAUGCCCUCAUAUAUCCGGUACCCGUAUUUGAGAGGCUUUGCCUCCAGGAACUCCCUUCGUUCAAGCCAGAAGACGUCCUAGAUGUUGCUACUCAGGCUAUCAAGAAGAUUCCGGGCGCUGCAACAAAUCCAGCUCCUUUAGGUGGAAUGCCUUGUGACCCCAUGAUGAAAUCUAUAUUACGGAAUAGCCUCGAGAGUGUUCGAGUGUUGUUGCAGUUAGGUGGGCGCAAUACUAUAGAGCACAUGAACACUGCUGCAGAACUUCUUUGUGGUGAUAUCCUCUACCUUCUUAUGUGGGAUCAUGCCGAUAAAGGACACAAGCUCAGCGUCUCCGAGCUUGCACAAAUUUACCUGGUCAUAGGAACGAAAUCUGACCCGUUAGAUAUCAUACAAAGAAACGGGUUUGAGCACAAUUAUACAAUAAUCCGCACAUUUGAGGCAAUCGACUACUUCAUUCAGCUCUGGUACCCUGAUAUCCGUCUUGGAAUGCAGAAGGUAGGAUUUACAGCCCUAUGUGUAUACCGAAGGCACGACAUCAUUCAGCUAGUUCUCGAUCCAUUCUUCACCGACUGUCUUUUUGCAACAUCUGAUGAUACUUACCCUCCUCUCUGGUGGGCAAUGCGGCUGGGUGACAUGGAAUGCUUCUCCCUCCUACUCGACUACGGAGCAGCAACAUGUGACGACGUAGCCGUCGUAUUUGCAAAAUCGGUCAAAGUGUCGAACCCCUUCUUUGUUGCAGAGCUCAUAAAACACGGGUGUCUCCUGAGCGAUAGAGAGUUGUUGCAAUAUGGCGAUGCUGGUAUUGGUGUGAACCUCCCAUCUAGAAUGAUAUAUCUCACACCUUUUGAAACUGCCCUCACAGUUGACUGCUUCGACACUGCUGCUCAGCUAUAUCGAGAUACGGGACGACAUGUUGGGUUGGAUUGGGACGAGUUUCUUAGAGUCCUUAUUACGGGAAGUCAGCACAGCGGGCUUAGCAAGCUCGACUUUCUCCUUCACUUUUACGAGCAAGAAAAGUUGGUGGUACUGCCUCCUUGUCAAGGUGGUACCGUACUUCACCGCAUCCAAAACUUCUGGAGUGUAGAGCCAGAGGAACGAAGUGGAGAAAUUCGAAGAUAUAUCAUCCAAGUCGUUAGAAGACUCUCCCAUCUAGUCAACACCCGGAGUUGCUAUGGUGGAACCCCAAUAUUUGGCGCAGCAAUUCAUCAUAAUGUUCUUCUCGUCGAGGCACUCAUUGAUUCAGGCACCGAUCUUGAUAUCAAGGACAAUAAAGGGUACACUGUUCUUGACAUUAUCAUGAUACACCGAAUCUGGGAGGUUCUCAGGGCCAACCCAAGUGGUCCGACUCCACCACGAAACGAUAAGAAGCCAGUGAAGGGAUGGGCAGACCGCAUAAUUGGUUCCAGCUCAUGGGCUGAUUCAGAUCUUGGUAUGGGUAUGAGGUGUGGCCCUGAUGAUUUUCUGUUCAACACCUAUAGAGGCGAUGCAUAUGACCAACGGUUAGACAAAAUAUAUGCCAUGAUUAAAGCAGCUGGUGGAUCAAGUACCGUCAACGGAUCGUACUCAGAUGUAACAAGCCUUGAGAGGUGGACUCAGUUCUGGGUACGAAGAAACAGGGAGCGUGCUUCGGGUGAUCUGUGCGUUGACAGUGAUGAAUUUGACCUAAUGACUCGCUUUGUUCGGCUUUGGGGGCCCCGGUGGGAAGUUGAACUAGGAGGCGGGGUUUUUAUGGAGUUUGUCGUUGACCAGGCUUAUUGCGAGGGAAUUUUUGAAAGUUACGUUGGCAUGCUUGAUCCGGGUGAGUUGGGGACUAAGAGAGGUUUAGUGAUGCUAAACCGAGCUUAG